AUGGAGCAUAACUUGGUUAACGCACCAGAAUUUUUAAAUUAUAGAGUAAUACGAGUUUCAUUGCUUUGGAGAUUGCACACCAGUUGGAAUACAUUUGGAGAGCGAUGGAAAAGUAUUGUUGGUGUAAGUUGGAAAGAUUGGAUAGAGCAGUGCGAUUUAAUUUCAACGAUUUUGAUUCUAGAUGAAGCUCAAUUAAUUUACGCGAAGGAGAAAAAAGUUGAUCAAAAUAAUAUGGAAUCUGCGAAUCAAUUCUGGAUGAUUGUUAAAAGUGCCCUUCAAGAAAUGGCGAAUAUAAAGAUUAUUAUGUUUGCGGCCUAUGGAUAUAGAAGUUCUAACCGUAUAGGAUUCACAACUCCUGUCGCAUUACCGGAAUCAAAUUGCAAAAGUCUUAUUGACAUUAAUUUUAAGCGUGAUGAGUUAAAAAGGUAUAUUGAAAAGUUCUGUGGCAAUUACUUCAAAAAUUUAGAUCUACCAAGCGUCUCAAAAUUAUAUAAAUAUAUUUGGGUAGUUACAAAAGGACACGCGGGCUUGAUUCGUCACGUCUUGAUGUCUACUGAAAAUGCAAUGAAGAAGCGAAUUGAUACUAAUCACCUAUAUUGGGACGAAAUAUUCAAGUACUUAAAUUCAAAGGAUUUUGAUUCAUCUAUCUAUAACAACUGUCGUGCCGUACCAAAAGUUUCUGCACUUUCUAAUGAGCAAAUAAGCUUAUGUGAGGAUGUUUACCUAAAUGAAAAAUUUUUUUAUCCGGACUCUGAUGAGAAUGCUAUGUAUUUAGUCAGAUCUGGGAUCCUUAUUAUUGAGGAUUGUAUAUAUUUAUCUUUUGCGGCACCUCUUCUUAAGCGGUCAUUUUUUCAGCAAAAUUAUGGAGUUCAAAAUAGUACCGAUAGUACACCUACCGAUUUGCAUCAUUUUAUCGUGAAGAUUUUCACAGUAAUAUGUAAUGAACUAAGUGGGAAAAUUUUAAGAGAUACGCUUGGAUUUGGAUCCGAUGGAAGAAUCCUGGAACAAACAUGGCAGAAGGAAUUUUAUAGAAUCGGUACACAGGUAUUGGGAAAGGGUCAUUUUUUGUCGUGUGAUGUGGAGAAAAGAUAUUGGAGUAGAUCUCGUUUAAAGGGAGGAAGCCCGCCGGCCCUAAACCCGUCGCAAAGCAAGGAUGACGGUUCGAUCUCACUACUCAAUAUUACUACUAAGUUUCCGACCCCAAGAUUAAGA